AUGGACCCAGUAGACUUCGGGAGCGCAUCGGAGGUCGAGGACCAAUCGAAGACUUGGGGGUCAGAUGCGCACACCCUUGUGAUACAGGAUGCCCACGCUUCGAGCUUGGCUCAUUCUGGAUGUGACUAUGGUAUUGGUCACCGAGUAUUAGCCAGCCGGUCGGUGCUCGCUCUGGUGAUUGAUGAAGAGUGCGUGUUCGCGGGUUUGCAGGGUGGCGACAUUGUCGCCUGGUCUUUGGACACAUAUGAGUUAAUUCUCUCUGUCCAUGCACACGAAGAAAGUGUCCUGGGUCUUUAUCUGUCCGAAGAUGGCGAUUUUCUCUUCUCAAGUGGCGGUGACUCUGUUGUGAAUGUAUGGUCAACAAGGACGUUUGAACGCCUGUAUUCAAUCUACUCCCACCAUGACGUGGGCGACAUCUUCUCCGUGGUCUUUUCAUCAACCAAUGAGACAAUUUACUGCGGUGCUCAGAAUACCAGCAUUCAGUGGUGCAAUCUGUCAGAGGAAGGCUCAUUGAGUCAAAAUGCCGCAGCCCAUCCUUCUAAGCGCACACAUCGCUUUUUUGACUCGCGAGGCCCAGACGGGACUCGUGCACCGCGUUCGACAGAGGGCGUCCGUGCAGUCUCGGAAGGAGGUCGCGUGCUCACCUUUAAACGUGAUCACCACAAGCUGUUUGCUCAUCAUGGUUACGUCUACGCGAUGCUUCUAGUGAAGGGCUUGAUCGAGUCCGCUCCCUCUGAAGAAGCUUUGCUGACCGGUGCCGGAGACGGCGCGGUGAAGCUCUGGCGUUUGAGUCGGGAACCAGACGCUGCGCCUGCGCAAGUGGCAAAGCUACAAAAUGAAGACUCGGUGCUGUCAAUCGCGGUAGAGGGCUCUCUGCUAUACUGCGGGCUGGCUGGCGGUACGUUGAAUAUUUGGAACCUCGAUUCGCAACAACUGGUGAAGCGCAUUGUCCAGCACACCGGUGAUCUUUGGGCCGUGCACGUUAUCCAGGGGGUCGCCAUCUGUGGUGACUCUACGGGCACAGUGAAGAAAUUCAACUCUCGCUUCGAAGAGGUAGGCGGCUGGACUGCCCACAAGGGCACCAUGCUGGCCUCAGCCGUUGGCCGCGUCAAAGAUCGUCAAAUCUAUGCCACUGGUGGAAAUGAUAACAGCGUUGGCAUUUGGGACUUGACCGAGUUUUUCCUAGCCCAGGAGGAAUUACCGCCCAUCAGCAAUGAUGAAAUGGUGAACACACUUGCCAAAUUCGUCGCGUUCAAAACCAUCUCGGCGAGCCCGAAAUUUGCUGGGGAGUGCAACCAAGGUGCCGCAUUUCUCCGUCGACACUGCAACUACCUCGGCGCAAAGACCAAAUUGUUGACAACGGGUCAAGACACCAAUCCCAUUGUAUUUGCGCGGUUCCAAGCGACAUCUCCUGAAAAAGUUGACAAGACCAUCUUGUUCUAUGGGCACUACGACAUAGUCGGAGCUGAUCUCAAUCGGGCGAAGUGGAACUCCGAUCCGUAUCAACUGACCUCCAUCGACGGAUUUCUGUAUGGUCGUGGCGUUUCUGACAAUAAGGGACCUAUCCUGGCGUCCUUGUAUGCUGCUGCUGAUCUGGCUCGUACUAAGUCGCUUCGAUGCAAUGUUGUCUUUCUCAUCGAAGGCGAAGAGGAGUCUGGAUCGCAGGGCUUCCAUCAGACAGUGCGGGAACACAAGGCCGAGAUUGGAUCUGUGGACUAUGUUCUCCUGGCCAACAGUUACUGGCUGGAUGACUACAACCCUUGUCUGACCUAUGGACUGCGUGGUGUUGUGCAUGCCAACUUGAUCGUCACCAGCGACCAUCCAGAUCUUCAUAGCGGUAUCGAUGGUAGUUCUCUACUAGACGAACCAGUUAAGGAUCUGUCCAUGCUUGUGUCCACUUUGGUUGGGCGGAAGGGCAAAAUCAACCUCCCCGGUUUCCACGAGGCUGUUCGUCCCUUGUCCGAGGCUGAGCGAAAGCGCUUCGAGGCUAUCGCCGACGUUUUGCUCCCACAGCACCCCGAAAUCUCCGACCGUCAAGCUUUGAUCAAGUCGCUCAUGUAUCGCUGGCGAGAACCUUCUCUGACCGUCCACUCGAUGGAAGUCCCUGGCAGCAAGAGCGGCACCACGACUAUUGCCCGCAAAGCGAAAGCAAGCCUGUCCAUUCGGAUCGUCCCCGAUCAAGAGGCGGACGAAGUCGCCGCCAAUCUAACGGCCGUUGCCCAGGAGCAAUUUGAUCUUUUGGAAUCGCAAAACGAGCUCACCGUGGAGAUUACGGGUAAAUCGGAUGCCUGGCUGGGAGACCCGGAUAAUCAGAUCUUUGCCACGCUCUCCGAAGCCAUCACCACCGCAUGGACCCCCGAUCAUAGCCAGGCUUUCAAGCACAAGCAUCAAUAUCCCGUUCCACUUCUUGCCUCUGACCGCACGACAUUGACUUCUGGUAUGAAUACUGACACUUCCACUACGGGCGCCGUUGGCCCGACAUCGGACUCCGCGACUCGGCCAAACCAACUUCUCCGUCAAAGCUCCUCCGACAGUCUUGCUUCACACGUGGAUCGCGUCAUUCUCUCAUCAACAACCACAUCCAGCAAAGCCGCCGCACGCAAACGCUCAAGCCAAAGCACCGCCGCAGUUCCAACCUCCAACACGCUCGCCAAAUCCGCCUCGACCCAAUCAGUCGAUUCCAAAGCACCCCCAACCCAACUCCUCGGACGCCCAUCCAACGAACGAUCAUCCAAAAUGAUCAUCUCCGACGAGUCUCCAGGACAGGAAAUUCCAUCAACACCAUCCUCCGCGUCCGCUCCUCCCCCCGUAAAACCAAUCUUCAUCCGCGAGGGCGGAUCCAUCCCGACAAUUCGGUUCCUGGAGAAAGAAUUUUGUGCUCCCGCGGCGAAUCUGCCGUGUGGCCAGGCCAGUGAUAAUGCCCAUUUGGAUAAUGAGCGGAUGAGAGUGGAGAAUUUGUUCAAGAGUCGAGAUAUCUUCAGAUAUGUUUUUGCAAACUUGGUGGAUAGGAUGUGA